UGAGCUGUUCCCAGCCGAGCCAGGCGCCGGGACCCACGGCGGUGACAAGCCCCGGGUGUGCGGGCAUGGCACAGUGACCCCGCCGCCGCACCGGGUGGAUGCUUGAGAGUGGAGGAUAAGGUACAAGUGUCUGGGACCGGUGGAAUGGAGGCCUGAUGUAGAUGGAAAGAUGGAUGAAGAAGAAGCUCUGAACUCUAUUAUGAAGGAUUUGGCAGCGUUGGGCAAAUGUGGGGGGCUGCUGGACAACAACAGGAAUAAAACCAGUGUCCACUGCAGUAAACAGCAGCGAAAUGUCAGGAUCAAGUUUGAAUAUGAAGGAGAGAAAAGGAUUAUCCAGUUUCCAAGACCAGUCAAAUUCAAAGAAGUGGUGCAGAAGGUCACGGAUGCUUUUGGACAGACAAUGGACUUAGUCUGUGUGAACAAUGAGCUCCUGAUCCCGCUGAAAUCCCAAGAAGAUUUGGACAAAGCGCUGGAACAGUUGGAGCUGAGCCCUUCCCUGAAGAGCCUGCGGAUCCUUGUGAGCGCUCCAAAGAAAGCGAAUCUCCUCCAGCCAAACAACAGCAAACAGCAUGAAAUGAGGAUCUCCAGGUCCAUGGGUGAUAUCAUGGGAUCCCUGUACAAGGACUCUGAGAGGACGCGCAAAUACUCAACAGGCUCUCUGCACACUGGCCGGAGCUCUCCGCCCCCGGGCAGCGUUCCUGAGGAGCAGCAGCAGAUCGCCCGCCAAGGAUCCUACACCAGCAUCAACAGCGAGGGCGAGUUCAUCCCCGAGACCAUGGACCAGAACAUGCUUGAAGCUUUCAUCAGCCCUGACGACUCGCUGUCUGGGAGCUGCCAGUCGCUGGACAGAUCUGUGGACAGCCCUCCUUUUACGCAAACCCCUGUUCCUGGAAGGAAGAGCCAUCCCAAAGACAGCCUUGAUUGCAUGGAUUUCGACAUCCCGUUCUGCGAGAGGUUUGGGAAGGGUGGGACGUUCCCGAGGCAGUACCACCUCUCCCAAAGCCGCAAGGACUACAGUGACGGUCGGAGGACUUUCCCCAGGAGUUACUUCCCGCAGGAGAACCUGUUCCAGCUCGUCCCCUCCAGCAGAACCAAGAGUUUUAACGGGGACAGCAAGCUCAGCACGCUGCAGUACGAUGAGUACAGGCCCAAAUGUUGGAACAAUUGCGAGAAGGGUCUGCAGGUCUUCAGCACCUCCCCUACAAAAGCAAGGAACUCCCUGCAGGCACCUGUGAACUGGAGGCUGGGGAAGCUGCUGGGAAGAGGAGCUUUUGGGGAGGUUUAUCUCUGCUACGAUGCUGACACUGGGCGGGAGCUGUCGGUGAAGCAGGUGCCUUUUGAUCCUGACAGCCAAGAGACAAGUAAAGAGGUGAAUGCUUUAGAAUGUGAGAUCCAGCUGCUGAAGACUCUCCGUCACGACAGGAUAGUGCAGUACUACGGGUGCCUGAGGGACCCUGAGGAGAAGAAACUGUCUAUCUUUGUUGAAUACAUGCCAGGGGGCUCAAUAAAGGACCAGCUAAAAGCUUACGGUGCUCUGACCGAGAACGUCACACGGAAGUACACCAGGCAGAUCCUGCAGGGAGUCUUCUACCUACACAGCAAUAUGAUUGUCCACAGGGACAUUAAAGGUGCCAAUAUCCUGAGAGAUUCUGCUGGAAAUGUGAAACUUGGAGAUUUUGGGGCCAGCAAACGCAUCCAGACCAUCUGCAUGUCUGGGACUGGGAUUAAAUCUGUCACGGGAACACCGUACUGGAUGAGCCCAGAGGUUAUCAGUGGAGAGGGCUACGGAAGGAAAGCUGAUGUGUGGAGCGUGGCCUGCACCGUGGUGGAGAUGUUAACGGAGAAGCCGCCGUGGGCAGAGUUCGAGGCCAUGGCUGCUAUUUUCAAGAUCGCCACCCAGCCGACCAACCCCCAGCUCCCCGACAGCGUCUCCAGCUGCUGCCGAAACUUCCUCAAGCAGAUCUUCGUGGAGGAGAAGCGGAGGCCGACGGCCGAGGACCUGCUGAGACACCCCUUUGUCAACUGCGGGCUCUGAGCCCCUGGCAGCGGGGUUGGGAAGCGCCGGCGGGAUGGAGGCGGCCGCUGGACCCGCGGUCAGACCCCUGCCCGGGGCUGUCCUGGCAGUGGCCUCCGCAGGUCCCUUCUCACUCGUCGCUGCCUCGGCACCCGCCGCGCUGUUGGAUUUUCAAGCUGCGUUCGGGACUGUUGGCGCCGGGAAUUCGGAGCGAGGGAUUUCCCGGACUGUGCGGGUGCUGGCCUGGGACCACGUAACCUCCUCGCCGCCAGCGGUACCGGGGUUGUCCCCCCUCAUCGUGUAACUGAUCUCUUGGGGGAAGUGCAGCACAUGGGGUCUGUCCCCCCAGCAUGACGGCGGUGCUGGCAGCACCCUCAGGACCGGGGGAGGAAUCGGAUGCUCAGUGGCCAUCACUGCCUUUCGCAGAGGAACAGAGACAGGGCCUUCAGCCGAGCCGGAGGAGAUGAUCCUCAGACCGCAGAGUCGGGGGGACCCGGGUGUCCCCGUUCCCAAGGGGUCCGACCCCGCUGGAGCUCGUGGGACCAGCCGGCGGCUCCGGGGGGGCGGCGUUUCAAUCUGUCCUGUGCCUUACGCGGUUACAAUCAAGGAGUGAUGCUCGACUCGGAGUCGGGUGUGAUGAUGCAGCAGCCGUGUUGACUUUGCGUUUGUGUGUGUGUAUGUGUGCGUGUGUGUCUGUGUGUGUGUGUGUGAGUCUGGGAAGAAAGGGGUCUUCUCGGGGUGCAGGAGGUCUCUGCUGGGUACACCCACGGACGGAUGCCCGGGACUCCUGCCACAGGCUGAGGGCUGUUUAAAUGACAAUGGUGUUUAAAUGCUGUUGAUGCUGGCAGGGCUCAGCACCAGCCAGAUCACGUUGGGAACCAUCAGGAUUCCAGUGGGAGCUGAAGGGAAUCUCAGCGAGGAUGGCUCUGCUCAGCCACAGCUCUGCUAAUCCAUGCCCAUGCUGCUGUGCUGGGGCUGGGAGGAUGCCAAUGUGUUUUGGAAGUGAAGCUGUAGGAAGAGCCCAGGGGGUCUUUGUAAAACCCAAGCGAGUGCCUAAAAUUAGGCAGAGAGGACCAGUGCCUGUGGAUCUGGGUGCCUUCUCCUCCAUGCCUUGUGGGACCAUCCCCAGGUACAGGGAAGGGGGAUGUCAUCUCCCUGGUGGUGCCCAAGGGAGCAGCUGCAGGAUCAUGGAGCCUCAGACCAGGGUAGUGGAUCUGUGGUGGUCAAGGGGAGCUGGAAGGAGAUUUCUUCCCACAGUAGAUUUAAAGUUGUAGGAGAAAAUGGGCCAGUUGAAAGCAGAGCUGGGCUGUGGCCUCUGACCAGCUGGAAAACUGGUCAGAGUUUUCCAGCAGUGGCCUCUGUCCCUGCUGGAAAACCUUGGCAGGGAGCACGCACAGAAUCCCUGGAAGGUAAUUAAAUAAUUAAUCAGAUCUUGGUUGUUUUGGAUGAAUUAGUUGCUCCAACCCACCUCCCCCUUCCCUGCGGAGUUAGCUAGUUCCACCUGGCUCAGCAAAGGGUUAAAUAAGAAGGUAUUGGGAGGUUCCAUCCUCAGGCCAGCGCCAGACACAGGUUUAUUUUAACACUGGCGUUCAUUGAAAAUGAAAAGUGUUGCUUAGACUUAAGAGGAAAGUGAGAAAUUGGUUGUUUGUGUGAAUACAUCCUUGAAUUCUUCCACAUGGAGAUCAAGGCUUUGCAGUGCUGGUGUGGCAGUGGGAGUGUUUCUGCAUCCUUAGCUCUGAAAAGAGAAGCAAAAUUUAAGAGGUUGCCCAAAGAAGCUGUGGGUGACCCUUCUCUGGAAAUAUUCAA